GGAAUGGCGGCGGACGAUGAGAUGGAGCGCCUGCAGAAGAAUGCCGAGGAGCACAUCCAGCACCGCCAUGAUGAGAUGAUGCUGGUCGAGAAGGAGAAGAUGAAGGCUGAGAAGGAGAGGAUGAAGGCUGAGAAGGAGAGGGUCGAGAUCGAGAAGAAGAAGGCGGAGCAACAGUGUCGGCCUCCCAACUAG